GGAGAGAGAGCUCCAAAGAAAGAGACAGUUGCCAGCGGAGUCAAGACUCUCAGGGUCUUUCGGAUUUUUCUCGCUAAAAAUUCACCAUUUGUGAGAGAAAGCGUUGGAUUUAUUAAAGAUUUAAAAUUUUAUUUUUUAUUGUGGUGAGGGUGUGCGUGGGUGUGAACGCUCUCAAGAAUAAAAUGAUCCAGUGAUUAUUUAGCUCUCUCUUUUCUACCAGAGACCAGUUGGUCUGAUAUCAAUGAGCUAGCUGACUAGCAACAAUUGUACAAGCACGAGAGAGAAGAGGAAGAGUUUCUGUAGACGCCAGUCGAUGCCGGAUCGUGAGAGUGCGUGGGCGUAUUUUCUCGCUUACAAUUUAUCCUCCAGUAUUUUAGUGUCACCUGGAGAUAUAACAAGUCGUUUGUUGACGUCGACAUAAUUCUUCAGACUUAUGAUAGCCAAAAAAAAAUUAUCCACUGUUUUGUGAUUAGUUGUAUUGUUUUUUAACUGUUAAUAAAUAUUAUUGUUAUUAAUAUUACCAUUGUAGAUAUAGUUGUAAUUAAUCAGCGUGUGAAGAAAGAUGAAGCUACCGUGGAUUAUUUUUGUGCUGAUCUACGGAGCGUUGGGUUUCAAUCUUGAGUGGAGGAUACCUGUUAUCAAACGUGGACGGAGCGAUUCUUAUUUUGGGUACUCGGUAGCAGAGCACCAAGAACUACUUGAGGAUGAUAACAAAUCAAUAAGCUGGAUUCUAGUCGGCGCACCUUUGGAUCAAAAUAGACAACCUGGUACAAACAGAUCUGGGGCAUUAUGGCAGUGUCCAUUGACUACUAAAACAAAUGAUUGUGAGCAAGUUAUUACGGACGGCAGACUUACUGAAGACGGUAUAAUUGAUCCAAAUGUUGACUCUGACGAACUGAUACCACCCGGAAACGAUGAGAUAAAAGACGGGCAAUGGCUCGGAGUUACUGUCAGAAGUCAAGGAGCUGGUGGAAAAGUUAUGGUAUGCGCUCAUCGGCAUAUUGUAAAAACUGCGGACUCGCAAUGGGGACAAGGCCAGUGCUACAUAUUGACCCAAGACCUCAAAUACGAUGACAUCAAAAAACCAUGCUCCGGAAAACCAACCAGCAAAGCUCACGAACAAUUUGGUUACUGCCAAGCUGGGACGAGCGGUAUUUUAACUCCAGAAGAUCGUGUUGUUAUUGGAACUCCUGGGCCACACACUUGGCGAGGUACUAUGUACGUUUUCACAGUGUCUGAUGAAUUUUUACAGCGUGACAACACUGUGUACAAUGCACCUAUGCAAGACGCAUCACCAGUCAAUAAAUACAGUUACUUGGGAAUGUCGGUGACUGUUGGAAACUUCUUUGGAAAAGGUCUGUCAUACGCUUCCGGUGCUCCAAGAUCUAAUGGAACUGGACAAGUUGUAAUUUUAACUCGCCAACAUUCACGUCCUGACAUGGAUGUCGCCCUUAUUCUUAAUGGCGAGCAAUUCGCUUCGAGUUUCGGAUACGAAAUUGCCGCUGCUGAUGUUAAUGGUGAUAAAAAUACCGAUUUGAUUGUCUCCGCUCCGUUUUAUUUCAACAAAGCAGAAGGCGGUGCUGUCUAUAUAUACACUUCGCUAUGCAGAUACAAUAAAGAUAGCGAUAAAUGUAAACCUACCAAGUUAGUAGGUCGUGAAGAGUCGCGAUUUGGAUUCGCGUUGACCAAUUUACGGGAUUUAAAUAAAGAUGGAUAUGAAGAUAUUGCUAUUGGUGCACCCUAUGAGGGUAAAGGUACUGUGUACAUUUAUUUGGGAUCUAAAUCAGGUAUAAUCACGACACCUUCGCAAGUGAUACAUGCAGAGGAUACUCCCGUGCCUUUACGUACAUUCGGUUAUUCACUUAGCGGCGGAAUUGAUAUGGAUAAAAACGGCUACCCUGAUUUAUUAAUCGGUGCUUAUGAUAAUGACGCCGUGGCUCUGCUUCGAGCUAGAAAAAUAAUUGAUAUUACAACUUCCGUUCGUUAUGCUCGUAAAGAUGGUACUUAUCAAGAAAAAAUAGAAGCUGUAGAUCCAAAUAAAAUUGGCUGCUCAGCAGAUCCAACAUCUAAUCAUACUUGCUUUGCUUUUGAGGCAUGUUGCAAAACUGAAUCAUUAACUCGUAAUGAAGGUAUGGUAAAUCUUAAACUUAAUUAUCAUAUUGAAGCUGAAACUUAUUCAGGCGUUAAAAAGUUCUCUAGAGUAUGGUUUGGAUUCGGUAAAAACAAACCACAUUAUAUUAAUCGUACGGUAACAUUAGAUCCAACAAAAUCUAUGCACUGUCAACGUGAAAUUGUUUACUUGAAAGAAAAUACACGUGAUAUUCAAUCACCAAUUAAAUUCCGUUUGAAUUAUACGCUGAUACAAGAAGAGCCAGUAAUGCCACGUGAAGGCAAUCCGCUGCCCGAUAUAAAUAAUUAUCCUAUAUUAAACCAACAAGAGGCUGCGAGGAUAUUUGAAGCAACGUUCCAAAAGGAUUGCGGUGAUAAUGAAAUAUGUGAAAGUGAUUUACAAGUCGAUGCAAAAUUGAAUUUAUCAGCGUCGGUUGUCAAGCCAAACUUUUAUGAAUUAUUGUUAGGUGAAGUCGAAGAAGUUGUUGUAGACGUAAGCGCAGUAAAUAUUGGAGAGUCAGCUUACGAAGCGCAAUUAUUUAUCAGUCAUUCACCUAGUCUUAAUUAUAUUGCAAGUAAAAGUAAUGAGUCUAUUAUUUGUAAUCUCCACAAUUCAACGCUGGUAAUUUGUUCAAUUGGAAAUCCAUUUAGAAAAGACAAUGCUGUUAAUGUUCAAGUGAGAUUUGACCCAAAAGGAGUCGAAGACAAUGAACCGCAAUUAAAUUUUGUAAUUUUUGCUAAUUCAACUUCCAAAGAAGUCCAAGAAAAGCAACCAAUACGCUUGCAAGCAAUCGUACUGAAGCGCGCAGAAUUGUCAAUAAAAGGAAGCGCCAAGACACAGUGGGCUUACUAUGGAGGUCCUAUUGUCGGUGAAUCUGCGAUAAAACACUUGAAUGAAGUUGGUCCUAAGGUCUCGCACUUGUAUGAAGUCUUCAAUGAAGGUCCCUGGAAAGUAAGGACCGUUGAAGUUGUUAUUUCAUGGCCUUACGAGGUUGCUAAUGACAAAAAACACGGUAAGUGGCUACUGUAUCUCGAAGAAAUGCCGACAGUUAGUCACGCUGGGGAUGGAGAGUGUAUUUUACCGGCUGGUUACGUUGUUAAUCCACUAAAGUUACUUGGCAGUGUUAGUUACGAUGAUUUGGAUCCGUUUCCUUCAACCACGAGCUCUCCGGUUAAUUAUUACCGUAAUCGGACAAUUAAUCACAUCAGAGACCGCCGGGAUAUUGAAAAGGUCGUUAGUACGAGGAUGAUGACAGAUCGCGAUGGACAUUCACGUCAAAUUGUUUCUAUGAAUUGUAAAACAGGAACAGCUAAAUGCUUUGAUAUUCGAUGCAUUAUUUAUAACUUACAACGUAAACAAGAGGCGACAAUUACUGUGAAGGCAAGACUGUGGAAUUCAACGCUUGUCGAGGAUUAUCCGAAGGUUGACCAGGUAAAAAUAGGCUCAAACGCGAGGAUUGUUAUCCCACCGAGCAUUGAAAUUCAGCAAGAAAAUUUAAAAAACGACCAUGCUACGGCUGAAACGAUAGCGUAUCCAGAUCUAGGCGACCAACAAGACAGUGAGCCGGUGCCUAUUUGGAUAAUAAUUGUCGCCAUUUGUGCUGGUUUAUUAUUACUAAUACUGCUGACAUUAGUUUUAUGGAAACUAGGGUUCUUUAAAAGACGUAGGCCCGACCCUACUUUAUCCGGGAACUUAGAAAAACAUAGAGACGAUAAUCCAGAACACGAAGCGCUAUUUAAACACUAAUUUUAAGGAAAAAAAUAUUUUUAAAAAGAGAAGAUUAUCCCAAGUGAAAACUUCCAGUGAACAAAAAAAAAUAAGGUAGCACAAAAUAGUUAUCUUAAUUGCAUUUUAUACUUAUAAGUAUAUAAUACUUAUAUAUAUUUAUAUUUAUAAUUCGUGGAAUUAUUUAAACAUCAAGUGUUCUUUGGAAGACUGCAUUAUCUCUGUGUUACUUACGUGGCCGUAUGUAUUUAUACUCGAGGUUUAAUUUAACUUUAUUAACUGAUUAAUUAUUAAUUAUAGUAAUUAAUAAUUAUGCCUUGCAUUUAAGUGAUAUAACGAAUAUACUUAUAUUUAAUAGACGCGAUAUUGACGGGAGAGUUUUAUAAAUAUUCGAUCGUUUUAAAACACUGGGUGCUGGACGGGUCAGUGUAUAAAUUUUUAUUUCUUGUCAAAGAUUCAAUGGUGCUAAAUGUUUUUUGACAUAAUUUUUUUUAUUAACACAACAAUAGAUUUAGUGUCUCUUCACUAAAGACUGAUGAUAAACGAAUCUACUCCCGUACAUCUGGCUAUUGACUUUUAAUACAAAGUAUUUAUUGUUUAAAGAACAAAUUAUUUUUUAAAAAAUUAUACAUCUUCCUCAAUAUCGUUUUUUAAUCAUAAUCAUCAACCCUUCAUUUGUUAUAUAAGUUACAUAACAUUGGCACUUAGUCUUAUUUUUUAGCAAGAAAACAAUCUAGUUAGUGUACUAGAGUAUUUUUAUAAAAAAAUUUUUAAUUAUAGGUAAUUAUUAAAGGCAGCGUUAUAUUGAAUGAUUUU